AUGUCAUUGACUGCAUUGGGCUCGCUUGGCGGCCUGCGUGGUUUGGCUGCGCGAUGCCAGCCCUCUGGCUCGGCGUCUGCUCUGUCCACCCUGGCCUCCAACUCUUCUCCGGCUGCCAGUGCCACAGCGAAAGCAGCGCAUCUGUCAAGCAGAGCCAUUUCAAAUACAGACAAGUCGCAGGAACUCGAGCUCACGCUUGCGCUGAUCAAGCCGUCCGUGUGCUCGUACCAACCGGACGUGUCCGCCAUCCUCAAGGAGAUCAAGCAGUCGGGUCUAAAUGUGGCGCGCAGCAAGCGCAUCUUCUGGACGUCGAGCGAUGCACAUGACUUUUACGCCGAGCAUCGCGGGCGCUUCUACUACGACCGUCUCAUCAUCGGAAUGAUCAGUGGUCCCGCCAUGGCGCUGGCGCUUGUUGGUCCCAACGCCAUCAAGCGCUGGCGCGCCAUGCUCGGUCCCACCAAAGCCUACCGAUCCAAGUACGAGGACCCGCAGUGUCUGCGCUCGCGCUACGGUCUCGGCGACACGCGCAACGGCUUCCAUGGCUCCGACUCGCCCGAAUCCGCAGCGCGUGAACUCGCCCUCAUCUUCGACGGCUGGGACACAAACUGGUGGCUACAGCGAGAACAGGGAAGGCUUCCCACAGACCAGGACGGCAAACUUAACCCCCUCAGCUUCUGA